UCUGUAUCGUAAUAUGUUUUUGCGCUUCCUCGAUUAUUGAACAUUGAAAUUCUCUUGUGUAUGGUUUCGCCGAUUUUUUUUCCAUUUAUUUAAAAGACGAUUUAUUUCUUUCGUGAUGUUGGAGCGGUUCCGGGAAACGUUUUCUUCGAAACAUGCGUUGAAAUAUAAUCGUGCGGUAUUCCCCACACCAUGAUUGCACAAACAGGAUAGUUAAGCUGACGUACAAAUUGAAGAAAAAUAAAAAAUGAACCGAACCGAGUGAAGAUUCGUCGGGAAAGGUUAUCCGAUUCUUGAUAACCGUGGAUCAAGAGAAAAAAAAUGGAACAAAAAUACAUUUUUAAUCAAUCUUCAUCCGCGCGCAUCAUCAUAAUUAGUUGAGAACAUAGUUGCCACGGAGUAUGCGCUGAUUGUGAGAAGCUAAAAACAUUUCUGACAAGUAUCGCAAUAAGAAAAAUAGAUAAGUGUAUAGCGUGGCCGAAAAACCGGUUGGAGCUCGAAUGUAAACGAUGACCUUGAAUGUAUCAGGCAGAUUUGCCAGUAUAAAAAACGAUGCUCCGAGGCUCUUUAAUUAUACGGUGCUUUGUUAUCACAUACGGACGGUUCGGCUUUUUUUCUAAGCGAGAAAGAAAAACACAGAAAACAAUUAUUUUUUCAUCUCUAGCCCUUAGCGGAAUCACAAAUUCGAAAAGUCUAACGGUAGAUCGUAGCAGGCAAACAUCCAAUUGCGGAUCUUUGAGCUUUCGUUGUGCCAACGGCGAGUGCAUAGCGGGUCAUUUGCUGUGCGAUGGACGAGCGGAUUGCAGCGACGGGUCCGACGAGACACGCCAAGAAUGCAGUAGGCCUGAAAUUGUUUGCCCGGAGUUUGCAUUUCGCUGUGAUUACGGAGGUUGCGUAGACGGUGACGCGAUUUGUAACGGAAUCGACGAUUGCGUCGAUAAGAGCGACGAACUUCUUCCGAGAUGUAACAAUUCGGCCAGUAGCGCGACCUGCACUAGCCGUGAAUUCAGAUGCAACAAUGGUCAAUGCAUUGCGAGCAGCGCGAUGUGCGAUGGUACUACCGAUUGUAGCGAUCGUUCCGAUGAGACAAGUGUUGUGUGCGGUGGGAUUAACUGUCCUCGGUGGACAUUUCGUUGCAACUACGGUGCCUGCAUCGAUAGUAAUUUAAAGUGCAAUGGAGUAAGAAAUUGUGCGGAUGGUUCGGACGAAGAUCGCAUUCUAUGUCGAUCGUCGAAUAAUGGAGGGACCGAUGAUUCGAACGAGAGACCAACAGGAUUCAGUUCUAGGCCAACGACCACCGAGCCUCCGAGGCGAACAAGACCACCGUGCAGACUUCCAUCCCAACCGAACAACGGUCGUUGGCGAUUACACAAAUCGCAAUGUCAGAACGAUCAACAUUGCGACCCUCGAAGCAACACUUAUGAACUUGAUCCUGGCACUUAUCUUAUUUACACUUGCAAUGAAGGCUACAAAAUCAAUGGCACUGGCGACGUAUUUUGUGGCCCUGAGGGAAAGUGGUCGAAUGAACCCGAGUGUGUUGAAAUUCGUUGCAAACCCUUGAGUACGGCUUCAACGGAGGCCGAUUGUAGGUAUAACGACGAAUGGAUAUCUUGUGAAUCUCCGGUACCUCUGAAAACAACGGCGAUUGUAUCAUGUCGGAAUAGCUAUCGUUCAGAUUCGACGAUACUAUCGUCGCAGCGUAAGAACGUGAAAUGCAACGCACGAGGUCAAUGGGAACCAGAGCCCAUAAGAUGUUCCCCAGAGUGCGGCCAAAUACCCAUGAGGAGUAAACCAUUGAUCGUGAAUGGCGAGCUACCAAAAAUUUCCGAAUUUCCUUGGCACGCAACCCUCUACAGAUCCGACACUCCUAAUGGACAUAAAAGCUUCAUAUGCGGUGCAACGAUUAUUCAAAGUGAUCUGUUGAUCACUGCAGCUCAUUGCGUCUUCGAUGAAUCCACCAAACAAGUUGAAGAUGCUGACAAAUUCGCUAUCGCUACGGGAAAUAUAUUCCAGGAGUUCAACACUUCUUUGCACAAUCCAAAUAUUGUGAAAAAGGCCAAAGUAAAAAGAAUUUUCGUGAACUGUAAUUACUUGGGUCUCGAAGGAAAUUUCGCUCGUGACAUUGCGAUUCUACACAUCGAUCGACCAUUCAUUUUUUCGUCAAUCCUCAUGCCUGCCUGUCUCGAUGUCUCCGCUUUUAGCGAUCAAUCAGUACUCGAAGUUGGAAAUUAUGGCAAAGUUGCUGGAUUCGGUAAAACCGCACUGGGGAACUCAAGUCAAGUUUUACAAAGCCUCAAUGUACCAUACAUAUCACUCAAUGAGUGCAAAGCCUCCAGUAGCGAUCGCGAUAAUGAAAAGUUUAUUACUAUCGACAAAUUUUGUGCUGGAUAUAGAAAUGGCUCAUCAGUUUGUGAUGGAGACAGUGGCGGUGGGCUGGUCUUCAAAACCGGUGGUCUCUGGUAUUUACGAGGUCUUGUGAGUAUUGGACUGGGUGCGACGGUUUCAGGUGGCACGAGAAGCUGUGAUAGCCACGCGUAUUCGCUUUACACUAAGAUAUCCAGUCACAUUGAAUGGAUUCAGGAUGUAAUACUGAAGCUGGAAAUGUACAACACGUUUCCCUCGUGUCCAGUAAAGUCGAGAAGUCGUGAAUCUUCAAAAUAAUUUAAUUUUAUCAAAUGAAAAUAAAUACAGGUGUCAUACUUUAA